GCCAAUUGUACACAUUUAUUUGCUCGAAAUUGCGCGGAAUAGAUCCAUAAAAUAAAAAUAUCUAUAUGCCAAUGCAUAGUUUAUGCAUGUGAAGUCUCAGUUCCAAGUUUUAGUCAAUUGAGAAUUCAUCAAGAUGUCACAGCAUCGCAGGCAAUUCCGAGGUGGUGUCGAAGGCUCUGCUAUCGCUGCCGCCGCCGCCGUUUGCUCUAACGAUGACGAAACUGGGGCUAAGAUUAUAUCCAAAAAGAUUAUGAACCUGCUGCGCGAAUUAUGCGAACAUAUCAAGGGCAGCGGCCAAGACGAGCUGCGGAGAAGUAAGGACAUUUUGAAGUUGCAUCAUAAAUUCGCAUCCCCCAAUUUAUACACUCCGUCUCCUCUGGUUCCCUCCACAGUUCAGUACGUGGCACAUGCUGCACAGUAUAUAUCGAAGAGCCCAAAUGCCUUUGAAAACCUUCCGGUACUCUCCGAGCAGGAGUGUUUGCAAAAAAUAAUGGAUACUCUCAAUUCCAAAGCACAUACACAGGAUGCGCAGAAACCAGGAGAUUUGUUUUAUAAGGUCUACAAGAGAUUAUCCGAUGAGCAAAUCGAUACGAGAAAGCGCCAAAAUUUGCUUAACUUCUUGCUAUGUAUAGCGGAUGGUGACUCAGCGCCCGUGCUAUCAUCGAGCAGAGCUCCUGCUGGUACGUGCUCAGUACGUGGUGCGGUUACGGAAGAACGUCCCUCCACCGAGUCACUGCAAAAGGAAUUUAACACACGAUAUCAUUCAUUGAGCAGCUGCAAUGUGCCCGGCAUAUUGGUUCAAACACAAUUGGCUAAGCUGGCACUUAAAUCGAAUGGCCUGAACAACAACCUGAUUCUAAACGCCAAUAGCAAUACGAGCAUUAACACCAAUAAUAGCCAACUUAGCACAUUCACGACGAAUGGCAAUAUGCCGCCGGAGAUAAAUGGAAAAGGCCCUGGUGGUCAAAUCUAUAGCUACGAUGCGUCUCAGGCUGGCAUGGGAUUGAGCAAACAAGGUGUGCCCAAUUACAUGGAGGUUCUGAAGAAGCAAAAAGACUUUGAGGCUGAGCACGAUUUGGCACAAAACGCGGUGUUCGCCUUCAUUGGCAUACAGGGACGAUAUUUAAAGAAAGAUGUCAUCUCAGGACGUUUCAAGUUGAACCCAUUACACCAAAAGGCGUUGACAGCUUCCCAGUCUAGCAUGUUGUUGCGUCUCGCAGAACUGGGCUAUUAUUAUGAUCGGGUGGUCCAAUUCGCCAACACAGCCACCGGUUACAAUGCCAUGGGCUGUAUGGGCCAGUCUCUCAUCUCAAAACUGAACGAUGAACUGACCUUAUUUCAUGGCAAAGUUGCACGCCUCCAGGACGAAAUGAAUCAGUUUCGUGCUGUGCAGAUGCGCGACUAUAUCAGCCGCGACAAAACCUGGCUAAACCGAAGGCGUGACGAUAUAACGCUGGUCCGAUUGAUGGGCUGGUACGGAGUACAUCUGAAGCGGAUGCAAUGGCUAAGCAAGAUUGCUGACGCUUGUCAGAUGCGAAAAGGUGGCGAGCUGGCGUCGGUGGUGUAUGAUUUCUUGGGACAUGGUGGAGAUGAGGUCGAUGUGGUGGCCGUAGAGGUACUGGCCGCCAUUUGUAAACCACUGGUACGAAUGAUCUCCAAUUGGAUGCUCGAGGGCAAUAUUGACGAUACUUAUGGCGAGUUUUUUGUCGAGUCAUUACCCGAGGUUGGCGCCGAUCGUUUGUGGCAUGACAAAUUCCGGCUGCGCCACAACAUGCUGCCCAAAUUUUUCUCACUCGACAUAGCCGACAAGAUACUAAAGACGGGCAAAAGUAUUAACUUUUUGCGCGAGAUAUGUGAGAUGCAGGAGUUGGUCAAGGGGCGUGAAAAGCUGAAGGAAAUUAUGGAAAACAAUGCUGCUGACAUUUUUUCAUACGCUCAAGACACCAGAUGGCAUGCAGCCAUGGAGACCUGCUAUCAGCAAACCUCCAAGCAUGUUCUAGACAUGAUGGUGGGACCACACAAACUGCUUGAUCAUCUGCACGGCAUGCGACGCUAUUUGCUUCUUGGCCAAGGCGAUUUUGUUGGCAUACUAAUCGAGAACAUGAAAGAGGAGCUGGAGAAAAAGGGCAGCGAAAUUUACUCACACGAUCUAUCCGCUAUGUUGGACGCCGCUUUGCGUUGCACCAACGCCCAAUACGAUGAUCCCGAGGUACUAAAUCAUCUGGAUAUUGUGGUCAAAACACCGUACCCCGGUGAUUGUGGCUGGGACGUCAUCUCAUUGCAAUACACGGUCCAGGGUCCAUUGGCCACCAUGCUGGAGCCCACAAUGUCCACAUACAAGAUCCUCUUCAAACCGCUCUGGCGCAUGAAGCACAUGGAGUUCUUACUCUCCAUGAAGAUAUGGAAGGAGCAAAUGGGCAAUGCCAAGGCGCUGCGCAGCAUGAAAGGUGAAAUCGCCAAAGCCUCUUAUGGACUGCACUUGUUUACAUCGGAAAUAAUGCACUUUGUCCAUCAGAUGCAAUACUACGUACUCUUUGAGGUCAUCGAGUGUAAUUGGGUGGACCUGCAGAAGCAAAUGCAGAAAGCCACCGCACUGGAUGACAUACUUGACGCACACGAGAAAUUUUUGCGCACCAUCACUGUCGGUUGCUUCAUAAAGACAAUGACAGAUAUGGAGCGUAAUCUGGAGAUGGUCUAUGGCAACAUCAUUAGCCUCGAAAAUUGGCAGUCCCAUUUCUAUGAGGAGUGCUUCAAAGAAUUACACGCCCGGGAAGUGCAUGCGAAACGUAUUGCCGAUUCGGAGCGCGCCGGACGGUUCGGUGUAACGGCGGAACAGCAAAUGGAUCGAGACCAGGGAUACAAAAACUUCCAGCAGAAAGUAAACUCGGCCUGUCGCAAUCUGGAGACUAUCGCCUCCUCGUACGAGAAGGCAGUCCGGGGCUUUCUGCUGGCCCUCAAUUCCAGCAACGAUCCAAACUUGCAGUUGUUCGGCACUCGUCUGGACUUCAAUGAGUAUUACAAGAAGCGGGACACCAGCCUCAGCGUGCCUCUGACCUUCGAGCACAUGCGCAUGAGCGUCGCCUCUACCACGCGGGGGUACAAGACACUGCCACCGAAAUCGGCCCAAGCUCAAUCCGAAACCCAAUCCCAAUCGAACAAACAUCUCAUCGUCGACUAACAGUUGCUGCAGCAAACCAAAUUUCAGGCUCUAAUAAAUAACAACCACAAUUGCAGCGAUGGUAUUAUGAAACAAAGGCUGGAUUUGCAACAUUACCAGCAAUUGGAACUCAUAACUUCGGCUUGUUGUCAGAUUUUGUAGUUUGAGUCGCGAAGUCGCUGUUGUUGUUAAGGCUUCCAGCAUAAGAAAAGCAGAGAAAAGAUUGUAAGCAUGCACUUAAAUAACCAACAAGCUACAUUGUUAAGUUUUUUCACAUGUGUAAGAUAUUAAAUCAAGAGUAUUUACAAACGAGCAAACAAACGCAAAGAAUUGCAGUGAAGUAUAUUACAAAUGUUGCACAAAAUAUUGAAUUAAAAAAUGAGAGCACGAAUUAAUCUAUCACGUCACGUCCUUCUAAGCUUUAGUUCUUCAACGGCCCCAGUCAAAUGUGCCACGUCUAACAAAAAACAAAAAAAAAGUAUUGCACAAAUGCAUUUCUCAACUUAAUAUUAUGUUCCAUGUCCAUUAUCCACUAACUGUUUUUUUUUUUAAAUACUCUUAACGCAAAGUAGAAUCUAUUUAAAUUUAAAACGCAAUAUUGCACGCACAAAAAAAGAGAGGAAUUAAAUGGAAUUAAAACGCCAUGACAUGUGAACUUAUAUUUAAAAAAUAAUAUUUUAUUAUAAAAAUAAGUGAGGAGCGAGUAGAAAGGAAAACGGAAUAUAUAUAGAAUGCUCGAUUUUAAAAAGAAAAGCCAAAAGGAACAAUUUUAAUGUUGUUAAUGUUUGAGAAGCACACAUGCGUUUUACAAAUGGAAAAAACUCAGUUAC